CGACCAAUCCGGACAAUCAGGGCUCACAGACGGAACUCUCCAAUUCGGACAAGUGGUACUUUCCGGUUACUACCCUUUUUUGAUUCAAGAACCCGUCGGUGUAACGGUGUCCUCUGCCUCUCGAAUGAACCCAUUCAGCAGGUUAUUACCGGGCUUCCGAAUAUUUCAAGUGCCAAAAUAAACACUUGGGCUGGAUCCUCCAUCAAUUAGUGUGUGUACCAAACGCCAUUUGUGAAUGUUGUCGGUGAGGUUUGUGAAUGAAUAGCUAAUCGAGUGUUUUUCCCACGCCCUCUCGCAUCAAUUCAGAAGAGUGAGAGUUGUUGAGUUCAAGUGUAGCAUAAUUAAGAGGAUCCACUCCUCGAAACAGUUAUGGUGAACAGGUUACACUAACUGUAGCUGGCAGAAGUUGAUCCAAAAUAAAUAAGGGUCGUUCAAGAGUACCUACAUGGUAAAUGCCCGGAAUGUGCAACAACAACAACAACAGUUCGACGGCGGCAUCCGGAAGUGGCCAUCCUAUGCCAGCGGUGAAUUCAACCUCCGUGAUAACUGCAAUGCCGGCGGCCAGUUACGAUGAGUACUACGACUCCAGCUGGCAUCUGAUCCCACCGGACUAUUGUAGCACCGAUUAUGAUUACAAAUAUGAAAUCCUCGAGGGCAUGAAAAUUUCCUCCGCCGGUCAACGGUCCGGAUUCCACAUCAGCGAUAUACUGGAGCUGAACAACAGUCACCACGUCCAGAGCGCGAAAGAAUAUUCCCAUCACAUUCCGGCCACUAUUGAACACCACCGAGGUGAUCCGGGUGGCGGCGACGCCGGAAGUGGAACAACAGAAACCCCAGGAACCGAGGAAUACAUUAAUGUCGCACAUCACCAGAACCAUGGAGCUGACCAGCAACCUCAGUCUCAUCUAGUCCAGCAUCCACAGUACAACUCUGCUUCCGGCAGUUUCAUCCCACUUCAGCCGGUACCUCAACCACCGUAUGGUGAUCUCCCUCCGUACUAUCACCCGCAUCAUCUACUUCCGCCUGGAGGAGAUCCCUCCGGCCAUUCACGGGCGUCCUGGUACCACGAGAAUAGUAGUCAGGAUUAUAGUAAUGUUCCAACGGUCAUUCCACAGAACCUCGAGGGCGGUCUACAUCACCAGCAGGUUAGUCCGGACAGUACAUCUCCGGUGGCUCCGGGAGGAAGUGCGGAACUGUCAUCGUAUGCCGUUCUCGGCAACUACAGUCACAUCCCGACGGCAGUUUUGGAAACUUCGGAUAGGCUCGCUGAAGACCUUCAGAAUAUUCAACGUCGACAGCCGACGGCGACUACCGUCAUCGAUAGCAAUAACAACACCUGCGAUGGGGACUCCCUGGACGAUAGCAUCGAGGUGGGCAACUCGGGUGAUGAACGUUCCGGAAGUCCUCCGGUUGGAAUGUCCGCUUCCGGUAACCAAAAGAAACGUAAACGCCGGAUUUUGUUUUCGAAAUCGCAAACCUACGAACUGGAGCGGCGAUUCAAAUCCACCCGAUAUCUUUCGGCUCCGGAACGGGAACAUCUGGCCAGUAUGAUCAACUUGACCCCGACUCAGGUCAAGAUCUGGUUCCAGAACCAUCGGUACAAAACCAAACGGGCUCAGUGUGAGAAGGUUGGAGGUCUAGGGCAUCAACUGGUGGGAUCUCCGAAGCGUAUAAAUGUUCCGGUGCUAGUCAGAGAUGGGAAGCCCUGCAAUGGAGGAAAACCUCAUGAUGGUCAUAUUCAGGUUUCGUUGCAGCACCCUUUUGGAUCCGGUGGAGGUCUACAGUCGUUGCUGACCUCUAGCUCGAUGGCCGGACAUCCGGGAUUGACCUCUUUUUACCAGAAUCAGCAGAACAGUUCGGAUGCUGGACAGGGUAGUCACAACUCGUGGCCUCCGAAAAGGUUGUGGCCUUCGCUCAACUGAGCUUAUCGUAAAUUGUAGAACAAUUAUUGUGAUAAUGGUAAUGUCUUCGAAUACAGGAAAAUAAAUUAAAGUUGA